UAAUUAAUUUUAUUUAUUUUCGUUCGCUUCGUCUUACUCCCUCCCCAUUCGAUCCCAAAACGAGAGAGGCGUCGUCGAGGGAUUCGGGAUCCUCCCAACGAGCGAGCGAUCGAUGGAUCGAAUCCAGAAUACUGAGGAGAACUAUGCGAACCCUAAGACGUGCUUCUUUCAUGUGAUCUUCAAGGCCGCGGCGUUGGCGUUCUACGUGUUAUCCGCCCUGUUUUUUGAUAGCUUUGUGAUCAUCUUCGUCGUAACGGUUCUUCUCGCGGCCCUCGACUUCUGGGUUGUUAAGAAUGUGAGUGGGCGGAUAUUGGUCGGGUUGCGGUGGUGGAAUGAGAUUAACGAGCAGGGAGAGAGUGUGUGGAAGUUCGAAUGUCUCGAUCAGGAGUCCCUUGCUCGGAUGAAUAAGAAGGAUUCGUGGCUGUUCUGGUGGACGCUUUAUCUAACGGCUGUUGCGUGGGUAUUCUUGGGAAUUUUUUCACUCAUUAGAUUUCAAGCUGAUUAUCUACUCGUAGUCGGAGUUUGCUUGAGCCUCAGCGUUGCGAACAUUGUUGGCUUCACUAAAUGUCGCAAAGAUGCCAGGAAACAGAUCCAACAGUUUGCUUCGCAAACGAUCGCAUCCCGCUUUUCGUCUACGCUACAAUCAGCAUUUAGUGUUGUUUGACCAACCAUACAGGAAAAUAAUAUUUGGUAGUGUAAAAUUUGUCAUAACAGCAUGUGUUUCUUUUUCUUUUCCUUUUUUUUUUCUCUUUCUUUCAUUUCUUUUUUUCUCUUCUUCUUUUUUGCUCUUCCCAACUUCAUAGUUGCUCCCCCGUCUCAGGACAAAGUUCUAAGCUUCUGUAUUUCGUUUUCCCGACGUUACAUUGCACCUUUUACCUUUUCCAUUGUUAAAGAGGUGAUGUUUUUUUGUUUUUUUACCCCCAAAAAUGGACUGAAAAUUGCACCAUAGAAGUUCUCAUUUGCUGGAAAGGGAUAUAUGACUGUAAUGUUUAUUUUAUUUCUAUUGGUUGUUGUGGUACAUUUAAUAA